AUGCGUUUUUGUGAGAUUUCCUGUUCGUACUUAUGUGAAAUCGAGGAUAGUAUUGGUUGCAGUUUCCGUAAAUGUCAUGUACUCCGUGGGCCAAGGUCAGAAUUAGAUUGGCGUGACGUCACCACGGAGGCUGAACAGAUUGUCGGAUAUCCAACGUCUUUCCUCAACUUGCGGUGGCUUUUCAAUGACGAGAUCGCCAAUACUGCUAUUCACUUAAGGAAAUUGGUUGGCACUAAUCACCCGCUUCUAAAAUCCGCUAAAAAUCUCCUGAUCGGACCAAAAAGCAAUCUUCAGUCAGUUGGUCUGAUUAUACUUCUAGUUUCAAAAGCAGCUGGUUUUCAACUACAAAACCAUUCCCUUGACAGCCAUGACUCUGGAAUUCUCCACUCACAAAGGGCACUCGCCGAAAUCGUUGAAAUGAAGAGGACGGGACACUUGAUACACAAAACGAUGGCGAACCUUCAGGAUCGGCAGAAAUAUGGAGAUAAAUACCAGGACUUAUUAUGUGGAAAUAAGAUUGUUUUGCUAACAGGUGAUUAUCUCCUGGCGAGAUGUCUGCAACACCUAGGUGGACUUCGCAAUAAUGAAGUGACAGAGCUCAUAUCUACCGGGCUAAGAGAUCUAGUGGAAGGAGAUUUCCUUGGUGAACAUGAUGAUGAGCAUAAACCCUUGCCAACUCAGCCUAAAGCCAGCAACGAAAUUCAUGAAAACUAUCUUUGGGAGAGCGAAGAAAAUCUAGCCAAACUCGGAUCUAAUACAUACCUUGGCCAAGGAAAGGACGAAUGGCUUUUGCGCACAAUGCUGACAUCAGGCAGCUUACUAGGAAAGGGUUGCCAAGGAGCAAUGAAACUUGCCCAUAGAGGUAAACAAUUUGAACAGGAUGCAUAUAAACUUGGCGGACACUUGGCUAUCAUGUGGCAACUCUAUCUGGACAUUAAGGACUUCUUUACACAUCCGUACUCAUACUCUUUGGUCGGCGCUCCAGUUAUUAUCGCUCUUUGGGAAUAUCCCUCUAUCUAUGGUCACUUUUGGUCGGCGAGAGUUGAAAAGAAACCGAUAGAGUACAAACAAUUGUAUUAUGCUGUCCGUGGAACCAGGUCGAUGGAGUAUAUUUCUACAUUCUUAGACGAAGAGUUGGAAGCGGUUUUAAGGUUUAGCAAGAAAUUUCCAGUCGAAGACGCAAGGUCGGCGUUGCAGAAGAUGGCUUUAACGGUUCAUGCUGAAACUAUGCAGUAUAUGGAAAAAUAA